CUUACCUUUUAAAAGUUCAGAAAAAACAAUAAAUAUCUGGCGAGUCCCGUUGGAAAGGCUUGACAACACGUGAUCGUCCACCAUCGCCAUCAUCAGCAGCAGUUCUAAGAUGGCGUCUCAAUGGAAUGUUUACGAAAGCUUCCAAGCCUUAUUACAGGCAGGUCCAUACCACCUGGCGUUGGAGGGUGUGCUGGUCUUGUGUAUACUGUGGCUUUUCACCGCCAAGAAACAACCCUCAAAGACUAUCCGUUUGUCCCUUAAGGAGGAGGAGGACCUGCUGAGAGAGUGGGAGCCAGAGCCGCUGGUCCCCCACCCUCCCCCCCCUGACCACCCCAGCCUCCACCCACGCACUGUCUAUGGCAAGCCCAGCAAGUACAUCAACAUAGGGACCGGCCAGCGACUAUUGAACUUUGCGACCCAGAACUAUUUGGGACUGGGAGAGAGAGAAGAGGUCGUCAAUGAAGCCUUGUCCUGCCUCCACCGAUACGGCGUGGGGUCCUGUGGUCCGCGGGGCUUCUACGGGACCACUGAGGUUCACCUGCAACUGGAGGAGAAGUUGGCACAGUUCUUCAACUCGGAGGCGGCCAUCUUGUAUGCCUACGGUUUUUCCACCAGUGCGUCUGCCAUCCCUGCCUACGCCAAGAAUGGAGACAUAAUCUUUGCGGACGAGAUGGUGAACUUUUCCCUCCAGCGCGGCCUGCAAGCGAGCCGUAGCAAGGUCAUCUACUUUCGCCACAACGACCUGGGUCACCUGGAGGAAUUACUGGAGGCACAGGAGAGACAGGAUGCCAAGGAUCCUAAACGCGCCAAUGCGACCCGUAAAUUUGUGGUCGUUGAAGGGAUCUACAUGAACACGGGUCGUCUGUGUGACCUGCCCGGCCUGGUCACGCUGCGGCAGAGGUACAGGCUGCGGUUGUUCUUGGACGAGGCUGUGUCGUUUGCUACCUUGGGGUCACACUGCAGGGGCAUCACAGACCACUUCAGUGUUCCGAUGAAGGAGGUGGACCUUCUGAUGGGGACGCUAGAAGGAGCAGGUGGAUGCGCUGGUGGUUUCUGCGUGGGCACCAAAUUUGUAGUGGAGCAUCAAAGACUGUCAGGGCUCGGCUACUGUUUCUCGGCUUCCCUCCCCCCCAUGCUUGCUGCUGCUUCAAUUAAGGCCGUGGAGCUGCUGGAGAGAGAGGGCCCAGAGCUGGUGGAAGCCUUGCAACGCGCCUGCACACACACACACACCGCCCUCACCGCCACCCUCCCAGACUCCGUGGAGGUGGGGGGAGACGAGAUCAGCCCAAUUAAGCACCUGCGUCUGACACGACCCUGUUCUGACGACGAGGCCGAGGUCAUCUUGCGUCAGGUGGUACAACAGGCACAGGAAGAGGGCGUGGCCUUGACAGUAGCAGCCUAUCUGAGGGCGCAGGAGAGAGAAGCUCCCCGUCCCUCCAUCCGUGUGUCUGUUAGUGCGGCCCUUAGUCAGGAGGAGAUUGAAAAUGCUGUUGGCGCCAUCUCUCGGGCGUUUCAGAAGGUGCUGGGGUGAGAGAGAGAGAGAGAGAGAGAGAGAGAGAGAGAGAGAGAGAGAGAGAGAGAGAGAGAGUGUUUAUGAGAUGAGGAAAUUUUACUUAGAAAUUGUACCAAAUAUAUCUUACAGAAUUUGAAGAUUGACACGCACACACACACACACGCACAUGCACACGCACACACACACGCACACGCACACGCACGCACGCACACACAAUGCUAGAUCAAAUUGAUGCUUUUGUGAUUUUUUAUUUGAUUUGAUUUUUCUUUGUUUUCUUGUGUGUUCAAAAUGAUUAAUACAAAUAAAUAAAGUAAAUU